AUGUCCUGCAAGUCGGGUUGCGCUAGCUUCUGCUCCAUCCUUUCCGCUGUUGCCGUACCAGUCCUCGUCUACUUCGCCCUUCUGUGCGGUUCGGGUUCUCGCUUGAUUGAGGUAGCCGACUCCAAGAAGCCCUCUGCUGCCGUUGGAUGUUGGAUUGCCGCGGCACUUUACGCGUUAACGUUCAUUGGUUGCUACUCCUACAAGAAGAAGCUGAGUCGUCAAGAGAAGGCCCAGGCUGCUGCUAACUACCAGUUGGCUGAGUAG